GAACUUCCGACCGUACACAUGUGUCAGGUCCAUUCAUGAUCCCUGACAUCCGAAGACUGAUUCCAGAGGCUACACAAAAUCAGAAUUAUCAUUGUCGAUAUGAUCUACCAGAGCCCUCCAACCUGUUACGGACGCAUACAUGACACUCCCAACAUACUAGAGGCCUUUCAAUGGAGAAUGCCCAUCUCAUACUGGCAGAAGCUUUGCAACCCAACACUUAUAUUCGAGGUUCAUGACAUAGUCGAAGCAGGAACACCAAUUCAUUGGGCCUAUUCCUGUUAAGGAUUGCAUGAGCUAUUGUUGCAAGAAGACUGGUACUGCAAUAGUGGGCUAUGUUUACGAGGCCG